AUGCAGUUCUACCAGGCUUUCCUCCUCUCCGCUGCCAUCUGCCUUGCGACAACCGCGCGGGCCGACACAAAUGUCCUCCAGGACGACCACCGAUGCCCCGUCGACUGGCGUCCCACCGACUACCGUGGAGUCCGGAACUGCUGCUACGGCACUCUGUACCUCGACACCGACGAUCCCCACUGCUGCGUUGUUGACCACGAAGUCGCCGACGCUGUGACUGACACCAUCCCCGAUGCCGUGCCCACCUUCUCGGACUGCUUCCCAUUCUGCAGCGGAUCGACUGGUGUCAACGACGUCCGUACCGCUGCCAGCAGCGUGCGCACUGCCGCCCACAAUGCCCACACCUCGGCCAUCUCUUCCUGCAUCGACAAGGUCCCUCUGUCGGCCAGCGACUAUUCUAGCCGCGUUUCGGCUGCGUCGUCCUCGGCUCGCCGCACGAGCCCCUCGACCAACGAUGCCAACCCCACCGCCACGGACUCUGGCGACCGCUGGUCUACCAAUGCCGCCAUGCCCAUUGCCACGGCUGAGGGCGCUGUGAUUGGAGGCGUUGCUGUUGCGGCCGCUCUGUUUGCGCUGUAA